AUGGCGGCCCGGCGGCUUGCGGAAGGCCGGCUGGCGGGCUCCGUUAUUCUCCCGUGCGAAUUCUCCACGGCCCCGGCUAUGCCCGAGGACGACGGCGAGUUGAGGGUCAAGUGGACCCGCGAGGAGGCCGACGGGGAGAGGGUGGUCCUGGUGGCCCGGGGGGCCGCGGUCAAGGUGGGCCCCGACUUCGUGGGCCGAGCCUCCUUGUCGGGUCAAGGGUCCGCAGCGGGCGAUGCAGGCCUCAUCCUCGUCGGGCUCAGGGCCGCAGAUGCCGGACGCUACAGCUGCGAGGUCACGCGAGGGAUGGAGGACAGGCGCCAAGGCGUCACCCUCAGCGUCACAGGUGUGGUAUUCCCCUACCGUGCCAAGGGCAUCCGCUACUCGCUGGACUUUGCAGCGGCAGCAGAGGCGUGUCUGUCGGUGGACGCGGUGGUGGCCACCCCCGAGCAGCUGACGGCCGCCUUCCACGACGGCCUGGACCACUGCGACGCGGGCUGGCUCGCUGACGGGACCGUCAGAUAUCCCAUCGUGCAUCCUCGCUCGGGUUGCCAAGGAAACCUCAACUAUAGAGCAGGCGUGCGCACGUACGGUGCGCGCUUAGCCACUGAGAAAUACGACGUCUUUUGUUACGUGGACAAACUUGAUGGCGAGGUCUUCUACUCAUCCUCCGCGGGCAGCGACAAGCUCACCCUGCAGGAGGCGGCGGCCGAGUGCGGUCGGCGUGGCGCGGCGCUGGCCUCGACCGGGCAGCUGUACGCCGCCUGGGCGGCGGGGCUGGACCGCUGCGACUACGGAUGGCUGUCGGACGGCAGCGUCCGCCACCCCGUCAACGUCCCUCUGCCCCAGUGCGGGGGCGGCCAACUGGGGGUCCGCACACUCUACAAGUACUCUGACCAGACGGGCUUCCCGGACCCGUGGGACAAGCACGGAGCAUACUGCUACGAAGAUGAUAGCCCGUGCGCCAUCAGCGUGUGUGAAAAUGGCGGCUCUUGCUACCAACGUGGCUCGGACAAGGUGUGCGUGUGUGCGCCUGGAUACGCCGGGGAGCGCUGCCAAACUGAUGUGGACGAGUGCCAGUCCAACCCGUGUCUCAAUGGCGCCACCUGCCUGGACGCCGUGGCCGGCUUCUCCUGCCUGUGUCUGCCCAGCUACGACGGGGACCUGUGCGAACGAGACACGGCGCAGUGCGGCCCUGGCUGGCACAAGUUCCAGUCCCACUGCUAUAAACGUUUCCACCAACGGCGCACUUGGGACGCAGCCGAGCGGGAAUGCCGCCUUCGCGGCGCUCGCCUGGCCAGCGUCUUGUCGCCAGAAGAGCAAGUCUUCGUCAACCGUCUGGGCGCCGACUACCAAUGGAUCGGUCUCAACGACAAGAUGUUCGAGGGAGACUUCCGCUGGAGCGACGGCAAUCCUUUGCUAUUCGAGAACUGGCGCGCCAACCAGCCCGACAGCUUCUUCGAGUCAGGCGAGGACUGCGUGGUUCUCAUCUGGCACGACGGCGGUCAGUGGAACGAUGUCCCGUGCAACUACCGCCUCUCCUUCACCUGCAAGAAAGGGACCGUGUGGUGUGGGCCGCCGCCCGCCGUGAAGGACGCCCACAUGUUCGGUGUUCCGCGCGCCCGUUAUGAGACAGGCGCUCUGAUGCGCUACCGCUGUGAGCCGGGCUAUAUCCAAAGGCGUGACCCUACCGCACGAUGCCGCCCCGACGGCCGAUGGGACGUCCCCAAAAUCACCUGUGUCAGCCCGUCUGCGUUUCGCUAG